AUGGAAGUGGACGAUGCGGAGGCAGCGAUCGACAACAUGCACUCGGCCGAGCUUUAUGGCCGGGUGAUCAAGGUGAACCUGGCGCGGGCACCGAAGAACACGCCGACCACGGAAUCAAACAGGCCGAUAUGGGCAGAUGACUUCUUCUAUCGCAAGAAGCUGAAGGACGGUAAUGCCCAUUUGUGUUGCUAA